GCCAGUGCAUAAUCCAUCAAGUAUUUUUAUUAGUUCGAUUUUUUCUGGGUUUGCUUGCAUUUGAGGUAUACACUGUAAAUUAACAUAUAUUAAAUCAGUCAGCUGCCGGAACAAGGAACUGAAGAAGUCUCAAAUCAUAACAAGGUGGAUAAACAUUUGAAGAAAACACAUUUUUUUGUAUAACAGAUAAAAUAUUGAUCGUAAAUCACAAUGGAGGAAACUACAAAGAAAAGAAGCAAAAAUCCCUAUAAAAAUGCAAAUUUCUUUUCUAGAAUUAGUUUUGUAUGGAUGAUAAAAAUAUUUCGACUGGGAUAUCGAAGAGAAUUGGAAGAAUCGGAUCUUUACGAGCCUCUGAAAUCACAUUCUAGUUCUUUCCUGGGCGAAAAAUUAUACAGUUUGUGGCAGGAAGAAGAAAUUAAAUGCAAAAAUAAAAAGUCAUCAAAUAAACCAAGUUUAAUAAGAGCACUCAUAAAAUGUUUCAAAGGACGUAUUAUGAUGAUUGGAUUGGCUCAGGGGUUCUUGGAGAUUAUAAUAAAAUUACCACAGCCUAUUGUACUUUCAAAAGUAAUCAAAUACUUUAGCGGCACUGAACAAAUGUCGAAGAACGAAGCCUAUUUAUGGGCGAGUAUUCUUGUUAUGAGUCUCACAAUUUUUACUUUCCUCAUGCAUCCUUGUGUACACGCUAUGGUGCAUAUGGGAAUGAAAUUCAGAAUCGCUUGCUCUUCGUUGAUUUUUAGGAAAAUUUUAAAGAUUUCGAAGACAUCCUUAGAGACAAAAACUACGGUUGGCCAGAUUGUUAAUAUGUUGAGUAACGAUGUAAGCAGAUUUGACUAUGCUCUAUUUGGUUUAAAUUAUAUUUGGAUUGCACCUAUUCAAAUAAUCAUAAUGACAUACAUAAUGUACCAGGAAGUUGGUUGGUCUGCUUUGAUAGGAAUGGCUGUGCUUGUACUGACUAUGCCCUUUCAAGGUAUCAUUAGUAAAUGGAUAGUUUCUUUGACAAUGAGGGCUUCCAACAGAACAGACGAAAGGCUUCGUUUAAUGAACGAAAUCAUAAACGGAGUGCAAGUAAUUAAAAUGUAUGCUUGGGAGAGGCCAUUUUCUGCACUCGUAGACAAAGCUAGAGCAAAGGAGAUUAGCACAAUUAAACAGAGUUGCUUUGUGGAUGCGAUAACUUUAACUUUCGAAACUUACAUUCCUCGUCUCUGUAUAUUCGCUACUAUAUUUUCGUAUAUCAUGUUUGGAAAUGGCAUAGCAGCAUCUAGUGUGUAUAUGGUAACGGCGUAUUAUAACGAAUUGAAAUAUUCCUUCAAUAUCUCUUUCUGCUAUUGUAUUCAGUUUUUAGCCAAAACCUUAGUGACCAUUCGACGUAUAGAAGAAUUCAUGUUGUAUAAAGAAAUAAAACGUCAGACACGGAAAGAAUUUUCUUUUCUAAAUGUCAAGGAUACUGAACUUUUAAUUGAAACCAAUGAAAAGAAGUCAAUUCCUAUGAAAGUAGCUAUUUCACUCCAAGACUUUACAGCUAAAUGGUCCGCACAUUCCCAUGACGAUACAUUAAAAAAUAUAACUUUCGUCGCAAAGAUUGGUUCUUUGAAUGCAAUUAUCGGUCCUGUUGGUUCAGGAAAAACAAGCCUACUCCUCGCAAUACUUAGCGAGCUACCGAUGCAAGGCGGAAAUAUCAACGUACAGGGAAAAAUCGCCUACGCUAGUCAAGAACCAUGGAUAUUUUCAGCGAACGUCAAACAAAAUAUUCUGUUUGGUCAGAAAAUGAAUCAACAGAGAUACGACAGAGUUGUAAAAGUUUGUCAACUAGAAAGGGAUUUGGCUCUAUUUCCAUUUGGGGACAAAACUAUUAUAGGUGAAAAGGGUGUAAACUUGAGUGGUGGUCAGCGUGCUAGAAUCAAUCUAGCUCGUGCCGUUUAUGCGGAAGCUGACGUGUACCUUCUCGAUGAUCCUUUAUCCGCAGUUGAUAGUAAAGUUGGUAAAGGCAUUUUUAACGAGUGCAUUGAUGAAUUCUUGAGAGGAAAGACCAGGAUCUUAGUGACUCAUCAAUUCCAAUAUCUGAAAAACGCAGAUAACAUAAUUGUUUUAAAUAAUGGCGGCAUAAAAGCUGAGGGCACUUUUACUGAACUGCAGGGUUUCAGAUUAGACUUUAUAAAAGUCUUGCAAACCACGAAUGGUGGUAGUGAUGAUAUUGUUGAUCAAGAUGUCAUAAAAAUUAUUAAACAAAUUUCAAUAACAUCCUCGACGCCAAACAACUUAUCAGAUGAGGAUCCAAAAGAAAUUUCUGAGGCUAGAAGCUUCGGUUCUAUUUCAGGCAUGGUCUACCUCUCUUACUUCAAAGCAGUAGGCAGUAUAUGCCUUGUGUUGCUUGUUAUCUUCUUGAGCCUCUUGUUUCAGCUAGCAGCAACUGGUACAGAUAAAUUUCUUGCAAUUUGGGUAAAUGAAGAAGAGAUUUCUGCAACUAUUAACGAUCAAAACCAAUUUCCUGAUCGGUAUUGGUAUGUUUAUGUUUAUUGUGGACUAACAGCUGCCACAGUUAUUAUUGUAUACUGUCAAGUUUUCAUGUUUUAUGAAAUGUGUAUGAGAUCGUCGAAAAAUUUGCAUUCCAAAAUGUUCAAGAAUAUCAUUCGAGCAACAAUGUCGUUCUUUCACGCCAAUUCACCUGGGCGUAUUAUAAACAGAUUUUCUAAAGAUAUUGGCGCGAUUGACAGAAAUCUUCCAAUGAGUAUGCUAGACAUCACACAGAUUGGAUUAUCAUUAGUUGCUGUAAUUACUAUAACCAUCACUGUAAAUCCAUGGUUUGCUAUACCGACCAUUAUCACAGGAGCUGUAUGUUAUUUUCUCCGUGAUGUUUAUAUAAGCACAAGCAGAAGUGUUAAACGCCUUGAUGGAAUUACUCGAUCUCCAGUCUUCAAUUACGUCAGUUCCACUGCGCAGGGUCUUACAACCAUACGAGCAUUUAAUUCUGAACACUUAGUAAAAAAAGAGUUUGACGAUCGUCAGGAUGUCCAUUCAACUGCUUAUUUUAUUUUUCUCUCAGCAUCUCGUACUUUUGGAGCCUAUAUAGAGUUGAUAUAUACGAUGUAUAUAAAUAUCGUCAUUUUCCUGUUCCUUACACUUGACGAUGCACAAGUAGUUGGUAACGUGGGUCUGGUUAUUACCCAAUGUCUUUCAAUUGCUGUAGCUUUACAGUGGUGUUUAAGGCAAACAGCUGAAGUAGAAAACCAAAUGACAUCAGUCGAAAGAGUUUUAGAAUACAGUAAAUUGAAAGAGGAACCAUCAUUAGAAAGCAAGCCUGAGAAUAAACCACCUAAAGAUUGGCCUACGGAAGGAAGAGUUCAAUUUGAACAAGUAAACUUAAGAUACAGCCCUGAUGGUGCAACUGUACUUCAAAAUUUAAGUUUUUCAAUAGAGCCUAAGGAAAAAAUUGGCAUCGUUGGAAGGACUGGAGCAGGAAAAUCGUCCCUGUUAUCUGCGCUCUUUCGCUUGGCAUAUUUGGAAGGAGAAAUUUAUAUUGAUGGUAUACCAACCAGUUCUUUAGGUCUUCAUGAUCUGCGAUCAAAAAUAAGCAUUAUUCCACAAGAACCGGUGCUGUUUGCGGGUACACUUAGAAAAAAUCUAGAUCCUUUUGAUGAAUAUUCAGAUGAUACUCUUUGGCAUGCAUUAGCGGAAGUCGAAUUAAACCAGGUAGUGAUUGAUAUGGGUCCCGGUUUGAGUAUGCAUGUUUCAGAUGGAGGUACAAAUUUUAGUUUGGGUCAAAGACAGUUGCUAUGUUUAGCCCGUGCUAUUGUUAAAAAUAACAAAAUUCUUUUACUGGAUGAGGCUACAGCUAACGUGGAUCCACAAACAGACGAAUUAAUUCAGGAAACGAUUAGGAAGAGAUUCGAACACUGUACUGUUCUUAUUAUAGCUCAUAGGUUGAAUACAGUUAUGGACUGUGAUAGGUUCAUUGUGAUGGAUGCAGGAACCAUGGUUGAAUUUGAUAAACCAAUGCGUUUACUGGAAAGAAAGCAGGGAUUCUUGUAUGAUAUGGUGCAAAAUACAGGGCCUGAAAUGGCUGACUUUCUCGCCAAAAUGGCUAAAACUACAAGUUUAUAAAACACCAAGUUAUACAAAUAGCCGGUUGUAAAAUUUGUUUAAGAAGGGAGUGAUGUCUUUCUCUUUUACGGCUAACAUCCGCCAACAAUUUUUUCAUAAAUUUUGAGAAAUACUGCCAAGGAAAGUAAUAAAUAUGAAACUAAGAUUAAUGGAAAAGUGAAAUGAAGAAAUUAUGUAUACGAAAAGGGAAAGGACACUAUUCUACAAAGAAACUACCACUACCCAUGCGCAGAUUUUGGGCCUUCUCUCGGGGAAAAGAGUAUAGAGAUCACCAAAAAUUGUCUCAUAAGAUCAUUUAUAGUAAAUUAUUGAGAAAAGGAAUCUAUGCUUCAAGAAGUCUUGAUUAUUAGGUUAACUAUUUUCUGUUAAAAAAUGGUUGAUAAACUCCGUGAUUUAGUUGUAUUAAUGCUUUUAAGAAAUAAUCCAGAGGUACGUUUUGUAAUCUCUGUCGAUUUUCGAACAGGUUAUGACUUCUGAUAAAAGAAAUAAAGACGAAGCAGCAUAUUAUGCACUAAGGAGUCAAGGUAGUGUCUUUUUUUACAAAUAUCAUCUGUAUAUUGCCAAUUGAUUUUCUAGAACAAAAAGUGCUGGCCAGUGUCCAUGUAAAGCUGUUUUUCUUUACAGCAAGCAAUUUUAUCAAAAAUUUUCGAGAGAGAAAAGAUACUCUUCAACAAGUCUACUCCAACAUUUACGAAGAAAGUGUUAUUCAAAAGUUUAUAUUUACCAACUUGUACACAUAUUCCAAUGCAUAUACUUUAACGCGCUAUAUCUUCAGAAAUUAUAAAUAAGAUCUUCUUAAAAUUUUUACAUCAAUAGUGUAAAUUUCCUAGCGCACCAAGU